UUCGGUGUGAUGUCCUUACUUGUUACAGUUCGGAUGUGGUACUAUAUGUUAUAGGUGUGCAAUGGAGGACAAAUAAAGUCGGGGUUUUACAGGUUCGCGCUAGAUGUAUUGGGUUGAUGGUCAAAGAUCUUGCCUGGCCAGAAUUUACUGUAUGAUGCCAUGAUCAACAUUUGCGAAAUUUCCUGUCGUUGGAAAUCAUCAGACGUCACUGUGACGAUUCUCAUCAUCAACUUCGUUAUUGUCUUGGUACAACUGUCUGAUGCAAACACUGUGGCGUCCAACAUAUCAUCGGGGGACAGUAAGGAAGACAUUAUACUGACGGAGAAGUGCCACCCUUCUUACUACACCAGACCCAAAUGUCUAAACCACACGGAUGGAUACGGGUGCGCAUGCGGACCAGGUUUCCACUGGAACACUGAAAUGUGCAUGUCGUCAGCCAUUGAUUCGCGUCUAGAGUUCUCGGCGAAGGAACCGGUUCGCUACACAUUAUUAUUGGAUAAGGCCUUUCCGAAACUUCCCAAAUUUACAAUUGGAUUCUGGAUCCGGCUUAGAAAGCACGAAAAUGAGUCAGCAAGCACAAUCAUGUCUUACAAACAUGGCAAGAAAGGAGAGGUGUUCAGACUCUUUGUCGAUAACUCGGCACACGAUCUUUUGGUUUUCACCGUUUGGGGAACAACAGUCCAGACAAACAUCAGACUAGGAUACGAGAGUUGGUCUCAUGUGUUCUGGAUAUGGGAGUCAAAAUAUGGAUCGUGGAAAGUCUUUGUCAACAACACAAAGAAGGAGGAAGGAUCUGAUCCUUCCUUAGCGUUCCCCAUCCCGAGGGACGGAGAGUUUGUUGUCGGGCAAUCCCCAAGGGAAAAGUUUCUCUUCAACACUCAUGAUGCCUUUGUUGGUGACAUCGCUCAUCUUAACAUCUGGAACCAGGUUCUGAAUUCCCGCUUGAUGACGUCUAUUUUUACUUCUUGUAUAUUUAUGUACUGUGGAAAUGCCGUCCAAUGGGCCGACUUAAGAAGUGGUACUCGAGGCCCAAUGAAAAUGAGAUGGCCGUCCAAUAUUGUAUCCGUCGUUUUAAAGGAGAAUAAACCAUGCAAUACAAAACUUGAAAAAGCAAUCACAUGUAACAAGUAUUGUAGUGACGUUAUUGGAGCUCAAUGCAACAUGGAAACAGUGGAGAACAUGGUGUGGGCGCGAACUCCUGCCAUAACAAACGCCACCGUACCGUGUCCAGGACAAGAAGAAAACAAAGCCAGGAACGAAACAUACGAUUCGGCUUCCAGAACGUGCUACAGAACAUCUCAGAACGAGGGUAUUUGGGGAAAACCGUACAUUGAUCAAUGUAUCUCUGAAGACCUUCUUGACAUGAAGCAGCAGAUUUUGGGAAUGUCCAGUUCUUCAGUUGUUGAUGCUUUGUGGAUAAAUGACUUUGCCUCGGUGUUGUUGAACCAUACUUCCACCAAUGUUUACACCAAUCCGAUAGAUGUCGCUACUGUCAUUGAUCUGUUGAAAAUGAUAGUGAAUCUUCAGGCCAAAGCAAUUUCUGUCGAUGUCCAAACGUCGGAAAAAGGAUUUGAAGAAUUUAAGAAAGCAAACAUAGCUACUCCGACACAAGAGGACAUCCAAGAUCUCAUUAAGAAAUUCAUCGAUAUCGUCAACAAUUUGUUGGAAUCUAAAAACGAUGCUGGCUGGAAAAACACCAAACCCCCAGGUGUGGAAGGGGACAACCUUCUGGUUGUGAUAGAGCAAUUUGCAACAGUUGUAGCAGACAUAUUAGAAGAACAGAUACAGAGAGGUGUGAUACAAUACAAAGAAAAACCGGAAUUAGAGAUCAGAGAACACAUUGAAUACAAACUAGAGAUACAGAAGAAAGAUUCGAUGAGAGAAUUCAUGUUUCCAGACAGUUCUGAUGGUGUCCUGUUUGGUUUGAAUGGAGAAGCGGGCGAGGUCCGAUAUUUCCCUUCUUAUGGCGAUUCCCUGACCAACAUGACCAUUUCUUCUGAUUAUGUUAAACUAUCAGGAUUCCGAUUUAGAAACCUGGCAAAAUAUCUACCAAAUCAUGUGGGCAAAAGCAAAGAGGAUAAUGUAAACACGGCCAUAUUGGCUCUGUAUAUCCACAAUACGGAUAAUUUUACUCCCUAUAACCUGAGUACACCAAUCAGAUACCAUGCGGCCUAUCUAGACACAUUUAAUAUAUCAAAUGCUGAGUGUGUAAGGAUUGAACACCCAAAUCGUAACAAAUCAAGUCAGAGUCAGUGGUUGUGGAGUAGGGACCAGUGUAUCCUGGUGUCAGAUACAGGCGGGGAGGGGUACUGUGAAUGCUAUAUGCCUGGUGUUUUUGCCCUCAUUACGGAUAUGUAUAAUGUUAACUGGGACAGAGGUGUUAAAAGACCCAUUUUAAUGAAUAUUGCGUCGUAUGCAGGGUGCGCAUUGACAACAGUAAUGUGCCUUGUCAGCAUCAUUAUUCAUGUUAGAUUCAGAUCAUCCACUACCACUGCGUCACUUCAUAAGAAUUUGGCAGCGUCCAUUGUCAUAGGUCAGGUGGUAUUCAUGGCGGGUAUAGACAAGUACGAUAACCCUGUGAUAUGUCACAUUUUUGCGAUUUUAUUACAUUAUGCAUUCCUGUCCAAUUUCUCCUGGUUGAUGAACGAAGUUUUCAAUCAGUAUAUCGUCAUAACGUAUGCUGCGCAUUCACACUCUGAUCAGCUCACGGAUAACGGAUCAAUGAUUCGUUAUUACGUCCUCGGCUGGCUUUUUCCCGGUGUUUUGGUGGGCGCCUUUGUUGGAUCCCAAGGAGAAUCUUAUUAUGCUAAAGACAUGUGCUGGAUUUCCUGGGAUAACAUUUGGUUGUUUGUCGCUCCAGCAUUGGGACUACAAGCAGUUUCUGUUAUGGUGAUGAUUUUUGCAACCAAAGAGCACAACGAAAACUCUUAUACAAACAGUGAAAAGACAAACAGAAUAAUUCUGAUACAGAUGCGUGGCUUAUGGAUUCAGAUAAUUUUGGUCACAGUGUCCUGGGCGUUUGCCUUCCUGUCGCUGAGAAUGCAUGAUUCCGUCAUCAAGUACCUCUAUGCCAUGAUGAAUAUAUUACAAGGUGCUUUUGUUCUAGUGUUUUUUGUCUUUCUACAUGAGGAAAUACAGGCUGUAUUAAAGGCAAGAAAAACUAGGAAAACCUUGAUUGUGUACGAUCCCGACCGCGAUCAGUCUAUGGAAUCUUUGUUCAAUCAAGAGGAGGAAAAGGAAUAUUCGGACACGGAACCUCUGAACAAGAAAACUGGAAGCCCGAAACAAGUGGUCAAGUCCAAAGUUCAAGAGACAAAGAAAGACAUGUUUAGUUUAGCUGAGAAGUGUGAAAUGGUCACUAGUGUGUAAGGAUAGUUAAACUGUAUUAAAAGGGUAAAGUAGCUGUAACAAAACCGUAUGCUUAGUUGCCAUUGAAUUUUGUACAUUUUUAUAGCCAAUGAUUCAUUUAAACGAUUUAUUUUAAUAAAAAAUUGAAAACUUUAUUUCCCAUUUAUAUAUCA